AUGUUUUAGUUGUCCAGCAGCUGAGUUGAUUGGGGUUCAGUUCUGCCCCCCUGUGGGUAAAGUAACCACCGCAUGGGAGUUAGUAUCCAGCCACCAAGGUUAGUCAUUAACCUUGUCUUCUCAGUCACCGAAGAAAGCCGACAGUAGCACUCUGUCCGAGGCAUGCUGCCGCUCAACCGUCACAUCUUACCAUGGGCGACUGGAACAACUGUGCACGUGAGCGGGCUUUGUCCACAGAGGACGGUGUUACUGUAGUGUUUCACAAAGUUGACAGCCAUGACGACGACGACGAGAGUGGCGACGAUAAGCGGACAACAGCGAGGAUUCACUUUCAAAGAAAUUGCCAUGUGUUGCGUGACGACAACGAUGAUGAUGAUGAUGAUGCUGAGAAUGCGAGGGGAAGCGAAAAUUCACCGGAAAGCGGCAAGAAGAAAACGCUAUGCCCACCGCGGUUUUGCGUCACAGGCAAGCCCGCGUCUCGAGACGGAAUCCCACGUGAAGACUCCGAGAAACCAAAGAGAUGUCUAGGUCUUGGUUUGUUCUAUGCUUUCCUGUCCACAGUUUUCUUCUCCAUCGUUGCGCUCUUGGUGAAAACCAUCAAGGGAGUCCACGCCAUAGAGAUCAGCGCCAUACGCUGCUUCUUCCAGAUGCUCUUUACUAUGCCGUUACUCAUCUACCACAAGACAGGUUUCCUUGGUCCCAAAGACCAACGUAUAUAUCUGGUGCUUCGGGGUUUCAUUGGUUCCAAUGCCAUGAUCCUGCUCUUCUAUGCUGUUCACCAGAUGCCGCUAGCGGACGCCACAGUCAUCAUGUUCAGUAAUCCAGUCUUUACCUCCAUCCUGGCCUGGAUCUGCCUGAAGGAGAGAUGUACACUCUGGGACUGUGUCUUCACUGUUUUUACCAUCACUGGAGUCCUGCUCAUCGCUCGACCACCAUUCCUCUUCGGCGAGCGUCAACGGGGCAUCGAGGGCGAACACAAUAACCACAUCAAGGGGACUAUUGCUGCCUUUGCAGGAGCUAUUGGGGCUGCGUUUACAUUUGUUGUCCUUCGCAAGAUGGGGAAGAGCGUCCAUUACUACCUCUCCGUCUGGUACUACGCUGUCAUCGGCUUCAUCGAGUGCGUCAUCACUGUAUCCGCCCUCGGGGAGUGGACAAUCCCGUCCUGUGGCCGCGACCGCUGGCUGCUGAUACUGAUUGCGGUCCUGGGUAUGGCCGGGCAGGUCUUCCUCACAAAGGCCCUGCAGAUUGAGAAGGCUGGACCUGUGGCCCUGAUGAGGACUAUCGACGUGGUGCUGGCGUUCAUCUUCCAAUUUAUUUUCCUCAACCAAUCACCGACCCUGUGGAGCCUCGGAGGGGCGCUGUGCAUAGUGCUGAGCACUAGUGGAGUAGCAUUUCAGAAGUGGUACAGCAACUCUCGCAAGAGCCGAGAAGCAACAUAGAGUACUUUGAUUUUUACCUCGGAAUAUGCUGGUAGCGUAAAGCACAAUGUAUUUCCAUCAAAUGUUUAGGUAAACAUUUGUUUUAGGAAUUUAUAAGCCCUUCAAAAUAAACUGGUUGUAGGGGUUGUAAACUAUACUUUAAUACUAUUUAUUUGGCUAUUUCUGUAACAUAUUUCAUCCACAUAUUGAAUAAGAUGUAUAUAUUUCUGUAUACUGAUUGAUUAUAUUUAGUAUACUAUGAUUUAAUAAUAAAAUUCUUUAUGAAUA